AGCCUGGCGCCAGGGGCCAAGGGGCUAGUUUGGGGGGGGGGGGGAACAGGGGUCGUGCUGCCGCCUGGAUGCAAAACGAGGCGACUUUAUCCUGCUACGGCCCAGCUCUGUGAGGUGGGUGGGAUUUUCUCCCACAUCCCAAGGCUGGCAGGGCCGUACUUUGGGGGGGGGGGGGCAGUGUGAUGGUGCAGUGACCCAACAAUACUAUGCUCUGGGGAGGCAGCAAAGCUCGGUGGAGCGUAGCCCCGCCCCCGCAAAUGAGGGACUAGCCGCAGCGGCGAGAAAAUGCAGCUGCGGUUCCAACCCUCGUGUCUUGGGUCAGCAUUUUUGAUUCCCUAGGAACGCAGGAGCUACCGUCCUCUGUCAGAAGGCUGUUCAAUCUAAAUUUGCUGUGCCCAGUCCAAUUUGAUAGGGUCGUUGUAUGACUUACAGGCCUUAAUAACCUUCCCAAAUAUUUUCAGGGAUCCCAACAUGGUCUUGUUUAUAUGACAACAUAGCAGGAUCAAAACGUCAUAUCGACUUUGUCCUGGAGAUCAAAGGAUUUACAAAGGGCAGACUUGGUUCGUCAGUGUCCCUUUUUUCAAGUCAUUAAAACAUGACUUUGGCAUUAAAACAGUCUUUGGGUCUGGUACAAUGUUAUAAUGCAACAAUUUUGUUCCAGGAGAAAUUAUCUACGAAAUGGUAAUUUCCCUCUGCUAUUAGAACCAUGCAGCUCAGAAAGGAAAACACUGCCACCCCCUCAAGGAAAUAUGUAGCCCCAAGGUUUUUUUUUGUUUUCAAUCUCAUUUGCUGGUCCAGUAACCAGGUAUCCAAUUAUCUACCUUGUCCAUCAUUGCUUUGAGCAUCAGCAUGGCUCUAAACAUUUUGUCUUUGUUCAUUAGAGUGAAAUAUAUUGUGGUUCAGACUGCAGAGUGCUCCUGGCCAUAUGGAACUCUUUACCUUUGUGUCACAGCAGUAAGAAUCUCUCAACAUGCCAUUGAUUUGACUUUGUAAAUUAAUUCGGUGUAAUAGCUAAGGGAAAUGGGCGAGAAUCUUAGCUGUACUUCUGCCUAAUUUCUAGAUCUCGAGGGAAACAUCAUUGAUGAUAGUAGACCUGUAAAAAUGUUUAAUCUUAAUUUAACCUAUUUCUUCUUUUAAAGCGCUUUGUGGAAUACAAAUUGCACCCUGGCUGCAUAUGCCAUAUGGGGGAAAAACUUUUAUGUUUCAUGUAAAUUGUUUAUAAUGAUCCAGGGAUCUUGAGUUUUACAUCUUUGUCUUUUGUGAAGCUACCAUCUGUUUGUUCUUUCACCCACUCUGUUGUUGUUCUGUAUGAGAAAAUAAACACUGAAUUUCUGCCAAGGGUUUCCCUUUAAAGGAGCAUACUACAGAUGGUUUAGGCUUAGUUUAGGUUUUUGCUAAACAAAAGUAAUCUUAUUUCAAAACCUAAUAAUAUACAUGAUUUCAGGAUUGUUUAUUCAUUUAAUUUAAAACUGGCUUUUAAAAUAAUUCAGCCAUUCACCUGCAGAAUUGGCCGCCCAAACAUUGCAGCAGGAUUUUCAGCCCAACCAUAGCAACAUUGCAAUUUGGGCGUAAGAAACUGAAACUGACCCAGCUAAGUGAAAUUUAAAAACAAAACCACAUAAAUGGUGAAAGUGGAUUUUAAAAAGUGUAAUUUCAACAACAUAAGUUACCCAUACCAUAGGUGAAGUAAUAUUCUUCCAAGGUGGCUUGAAUUAAAGCCCUAAUCCUGCAGUUGGAUUUUGAUGGGUGCAAAGUUCUGCCCAUGUGGAUCCGAUUGCAGGAUUGAUACCUACAUUCUCUGUGUCUUACUGAGUCUGGAUCUCUCAGAUUGUGCCUUAAAAAUGGAGGCUGUCUCUAUUUAGUACGAAAGAUCCAGUGGUGCUUUUUACAGGAUUAUGAGUUUGCCCUGUGCCCUAACUUGGAAAAUUUCCCUUUUCUCUGCCUACCUCCUUAUCCCCAUUUGUGCAUGCUAGCUGUUUGGUUCUCUCCACUCUAGAGAUGGCUGCAUUUUAGUGCUAGCGAGCUCAGGAGCAUGAUUCUCUGGACACUUGUUUUUGCUGUUUAAAUGCCAAUGUAACAAUUAAAGUAACUAUUUGAAAGACACCAGCAAACUCACUUUUCAGAGUCCCUGGCAGGGGACAUUCUUCAGGGAGACAAGAUGAAUAUCAAGCAGUCAAAGUUCUGUGUCUGCUGGGGGUCUUUUUCCUCAUGCUGCUCGGGUCCCUCCUGCCUGUCAAGAUUAUAGAAGCAGAUUAUGAGAAAACUCAUCGCUCCAGAAAGGUCAUUGCCCUCUGCAAUUCCUUCGGAGGAGGGGUCUUCCUGGCCACCUGCUUCAACGCCUUGCUCCCCGCCGUACGAGAAAAGCUUCAAGAAGUUCUCAAGCUUGGGAAGGUGACCACAGACUACCCCCUGGCCGAGACCAUCAUGCUGGUGGGCUUCUUUAUGACUGUCUUUGUGGAGCAGCUCAUCCUGACCUUUCGGAAGGAGAAGCCUUCCUUCAUCGACCUGGAGACCUUCAAUGCCGGCUCAGAUGUCGGGAGCGACUCAGAAUACGAGAGCCCCUUCAUAGCAUCUUCCAGAGGGCGCACGCUUUACCAUGAGCAUGGCCAUCACUCUCACAGCCAUGGCUUGAAUGUUCAAGAGCUUUCCCAAUCCAGCCCCUUGCGGCUCUUCAGCCUGGUGUUUGCCUUGUCUGCCCACUCCAUCUUUGAGGGCUUGGCCCUGGGCCUACAGGAGGAAGGAAACAAAGUCAUGAGUCUGUUCCUGGGCGUGGCCAUCCAUGAGACACUGGUGGCUGUGGCGCUGGGCAUCAGCAUGGCCAAGAUCUCAUUAACACUGAAGGACGCUGCCAAGCUAGCACUUACGGUGAGUUUGAUGAUUCCUUUGGGCAUUGGGAUUGGCAUGGGCAUUGAGAGCGCCCAGAACUUGGCCAGCAGUGUGGCUUCUGUGCUCUUACAGGGCAUUGCUGCUGGAACUUUCUUGUUCGUCACCUUCUUUGAGAUCCUGGCAAAGGAACUGGAAGAUAAGAAUGAUCGCUUGCUGAAGGUCCUCUUCCUGGUCAUGGGCUACACGACCUUGGCGUUGCUCGUCUUUUUCAAGUGGUGAAGGCUGGAGUGAUGGACAGUAAACCCCGAUUCCUCCCUGUUGUAAAUGGUGCCGAGAACAAGACCACUUUCCAGCCACUGAGGAACAUCACAGUCUGGGGCGUGUUUACAUGUUUACUUUGGCAAAGGGAGAAUUGUUCCCUAGGGGUGCACAGAAAAUAAGAUUGGGGAGUGUCCAGAAAGAGGUUUCAUGUGGCAUUGGAGCAAUGGGUUGGGGCGGAGAUUGCUGGAGGUCAUGGUGAAGUAGCUAGUUGUAACAUUACCUCCGAAGGGAUCUUGUCAGCUGUGCAUUCGGCUGUUUGUCUAGCGAUCCCACCCCACAGCACAGGGUAACCUGACUUUAUAUUCUGUUGCUCCUGCCUUCAGUCUCUGGGCUCCAAGGAGGUGAAAAGUAACGGAGAAAUCAAAUUGAAAGCAGGCUGGGAUAAUAGAUCGCAAAACAGCACUAAGCUGCUUGUGCCAGUUUAGUUUUGAGAAGAAACCUGGUUGGUGUUGUUAACUGCCAAAAAUAUCAACUGUUCUGGGAUACAACAAAUGUCUUUUAGGUGAGAUUUGAGCCAGGAUCCUCUGCUGGCAGAAAUUCCUUUAACCCACAAAAGAUCCGUUGCGUCAGUAUUGUUCCUGAGAGAUUAAUCAAAGAAACAGGCCAGAGUCCUUUUUA